AUGGACGAGACGGCUUUUCAGACACGGAAAAAGAACAACACAGUUGGGGCAGUUCAGGAAUUAACUAACGUGUGGUGCGCGGACCCUUCUGUCAACUUCCACCUCUCAAUCGUCGCUUAUGGCAGAGCUGCAGGGUAUGCAGUCCCUCCUGCAUACAUACUUCUAGAAAAGACUGUCCCGUGGGACAUAUCGCAGGGCUGUGGUGUCACGAACGCAGCGGUAACCACCUCGCCGAACGAAUUCAUCAACUCCUAUUUGUUCAAAAAUUCUCACUACUCGACAGACUUCAUUGAAGCAGCGGCACGUCUUGACAUAUUGCUUAUCCUCCUUCAUCCGAAUGCCACUCGUUUGCUGCAACCACUUGACGUGGCUGUGUUUGGUACACUCAAGGUGAAGCUGUGUAACCUGAUUAAGGAGUUGGUAGAAGAGGAUAAAGAUGGGUGCUACUCGAUCAGCAAGUCCAUCGCCAUCAAAUUGGCAAGUGAUGAAGAGUCUAUUCUGUUUGACGAGGACGGCCACGAUCAAGAAAAAAGUAACAGUGAGGAAGUUUACGACUCAGAAGCUGAUGAUGCAGACAUAAACAAUGACGACGAGAUUCCGUUGGAUCUCAAUCUCACUGAAGCAGAAUUGGAUCGACUUCAAGCUGAGGAAUGGGAUGUGUUCUUGGAUUGUGACUCGCAUCAAGUACAGCUAGACCCCAUGCCUCUAUACGACGGCUCUUCUGGCCCCACGCGAUCAGCACUGGCAUACGCAACAAAUCCGCUGGCAAUUUUCUACUUCUUUCUUCCCAAGGAGCUGUGGCGCAAAAUUGCAGAAGAAACCAACACGUACCCCUUGGCAUGUGUAGAUGAAAUAGCCCAAGCUAUGAGUACGCGGGCAAGUCAACGACGGGAAGCUGUUCCAUCAACGCUGGUCUACACAGUUGAGGAAUACAAGACAAAGUUGAAGAGGAAGAACCCUAUCCAACCACACGAGAUCAUUCGUUUCAUUGGACGGCUCAUUGUGCGUACGCUGGAGCCUCGACGAAAAAGUCUUAGUCGACACUGGAUCACGAAGGUGGAGGGAGCGCUGUCAAGAGGCACGUUUGGGCAGUUUCUGAGUAGAGAACGAUUCCAAGACAUUGACAUGCCGAUGAAGCCAAACAAGUGGGGGACCAAGUUCUACAUGACCUGCUGUGCGGACACAGCGCACUGCGCUAGGUUAGACAUCUACUGCGGAAAAGCAAACAAAGAUGAAGAAGCUGUGGCACAGCGAGCCGUGCUCAAAAAUCUUACUCGAGUUUUGCGAGGACAACCCACUCGCCGACUUAUCUGUACGGACAACUUCUAUACGUCGGUGCCGCUCUCGCACAAGCUUCUCAGUAUGGACCACGCUCACGUUGGGAUUAUCAGAAAGAACAGGAAAGGCUGGUGCCUUGGCAUCGAGUUCAAGCAGAAGAAACGACCUAAGCAUAUGCCUCGCGGGGCGUAUCGUCUGGCACUGUGGAGGGGACACCCUGAGUACGUGGCCUUGACGUGGAUGGACAACAAACCUGUAAGAUUCCUGGCAACCGGGUGCUCUACGCAGCUGACACAUGUGUCACGUCGUGAACGCGACGGCUCCAUUUCGCAAGUAGCUUGUCCUCGCUUGGUGCGCGACUACCAUGAAGCCAUCGGGGGCGUCGACCUACACGACCAGCUACGGCUUCAAAGGUACUCGAUUCAACGCUCUAUCCGAAUGCGUAAGUACUACAAGGCAUUUUUUCUAGGAUUGGUGGACAUUGCCAUGAUAAAUGCAUUCAUCGUGCACAAAAUAGCGAUGAAGAAGAAGAACCAAGCCAUGCCAACACAUGCAGCAUUCCUACGGCGACUUCACGUGGACAUGCUAAACCAAACCAGUGAGGAUUUCAACGCAAGUGACGACAUGGCUAGGUUAGUGACGGAGACGCUGCCCUCGAUCACACGCUGGAGCGAACAGAGGAGCUGA